AUGGAUAUUCCGGAUCGGAAACGGCGCUCUUUGAAACCUGUCGCUUUUGCAGCCGUUGCCUUUUCCACGAUAUCGGUGAUGUGUUGUGUGAUCACAUUACCAAUUAUUUACAGUCAUGUGCAAAAUGUUCAAUCAUUCAUGCAAAAUGAAGUUGAUUACUGUAAGACUCGUUCACGAGAUAUGUGGAAAGAAAUGGUACAAUUGCAAACGAUUACAUCUUCCAUAGCUGUCACUACAACGCCUCGUAAAAAACGUCAGUAUGGUGCAAAAAAUGUUCGUGUGGAAGAGGAAGUAAACACAGCAACUAGCGGAAGUUGCUGUACGUGUCAGGUUGGACCACCUGGACCACCCGGUCCACCCGGACGUGAUGGACGACCUGGAGCACCAGGACGACCAGGUAAUCCAGGACCGCCAGGACGUGAUGGUAGUUUGCUUCCUGGACCACCUCCAAAGCCACCAUGCCAGAAAUGUCCACCUGGACCGCCUGGGCCAUCUGGACCACCUGGACCGAAGGGUUUACCUGGACCUCAAGGAGAUGCUGGCAUCCCAGGACUUGAUGGUGCUCCUGGUUUGCCAGGACAGCCAGGACCUCAAGGACCGCAAGGACCACCAGGAUUGCCUGGUGAAAAAGGACCUCCAGGAGAACCAGGAAAGAUUGUAAAUGGUGCGCCGCCUGGACCACCAGGACCUCCUGGACCUCCUGGACCUCAAGGACCUCCUGGACCUCCCGGACGAGAUGGCCAGCCGGGUAAAGCAGGUCCACCAGGACCACCAGGUGAUCCAGGAGAGAAAGGUGUAGAUGGUUUACCAGGACCACAUGGACCACCAGGACCUAGAGGACCACCAGGACAACCCGGUUCAUGUGAUCAUUGUCCUCCGCCAAGGACCGGUUCUGGCUCUCUACUUAGAUAG